AUGGAAGGUGAAAAUGGUAAUUCAAAAGCUUCCAAAGUGGAAGAUCAUUUAGAAAAAGAUGAAUCUUUCAAGCCAGUAAGGAAACAUUGUAAGAACCAGAACUUAUUUAAAGGGGUAUUUUCAUUUCAUGAAGAACAGAAUAUCCUAAAUAAAUGUUUUGAGCAUGAUGAGGCUGAAGAAUUACGUGACUUGGGAGUUUCUAUAGUAAAUGCUGAUGAUGUAACUAAAACAAUACUAGAACAAGUGAAAGAUCGUUUAUCAUCUACAGAUAAACAGAAAUCUAUUAGAAUGCAUCAAAUGACACAAGGUGAUCAUGCUAAAUACGACUUCCAACAAUCUGAUGGAGAUGACAAAAAAUAUAAAAAUUUUACAACUCCUAUAACUAUAAAUGCCACUUUUAGUGAUAAUAUGCAGGAUAAUAAUAGCAAUACAAACUAUGAGCAGGAGGAUGAUGAUUAUAUAUUAGAAGAGCAAAAUAACUUAAAAUUUUACCAGGAUGAUACUAACAGUGAAGUAUUUUUGUCAAGAAUUGAAAAAAUGAAUUGUAAGGAGAACUCUAUUAUAUGUGUCAAUCCAGAUUCAGAUAACAAGUUAUAUAUUUGGGAACUUCUAUGGAAUGCCUUGUAUGACCAUCAAAAGGAAGGGGUUUUAUGGUUUUGGAGCUUACAUAUAAAUGGAACAGGAGGUAUAUUAGCUGAUGAAAUGGGUUUAGGUAAAUCUAUUACUGUUGCAGCUUUUUUUGCUGCUUUACAUAUUACUUAUCAUAUGAUAAGUUCCAAUAUUUCAGGUACUGAGACCAACCAUAUUUCAGAGAUAAAAAGUGAAGUAAGUACUAUACCCAAAUAUGAAGUAAAGAAUGAGGUUAAAUUGGAAUCUAUGACUACCAAAGAUUUAGAGAUAAAUAAGCAAUAUGCCCUUAAAACUGUUAAGAUUAUUGAUGAAGGUGUUUGUUCAAACCUUAAUUCAUUAUCGACACAAUAUAGAGAUUGUAAACUUGAAUUAAAUAAUUACCACUCUUCUACAAGCUCAUCUUGUUAUGGAAGUUCAAACUCUGUUCCAUAUGGACCUGUAUUAUUGGUAUCUCCAGCUACACUUUUAGAUCACUGGUUACAUGUUUUCCAUAAAUGGUAUUUUCCUUUUAAAAUUGUAAUUUUUAAUAGAAAAGAUGAACAAUCUAGAAAAAAAACUCUAGAUUCAGUUACAAGUAUAUUUAAUUACAGUAAUCCUAAACUUGACACAGUUUUAUUUAAAGAGAAACCACCUACAAUUAUGCUAUCCUCUUAUGAAACAAUGAGACGUUAUUUAGGUGAAUUAAGAAAUAUAGAGUGGUCAUAUAUGAUCUUGGAUGAGGGGCACAAAAUAAGAAAUCCUGAUUCAAGAAUAACACUUGCAGUUAAAUCUAUAGCAACAUGUCACAGACUACUGUUAUCCGGAUCUCCGAUUCAAAACAAUCUGCGUGAAUUAUGGAGUUUAACAGACUUUGUAUGUCCUGGAAAGCUGGGUACUUUACCUUUAUUCGAGCAACAAUUUGUCAUUCCUAUAAAACAAGGAGGAAUAAUGAAUGCAACUAGCUCUCAUAUUUCUAGAGCUUAUCAAUCUACAAGAUUAUUGCAACAAAUUAUUAACCCUUGUAUUUUGAGGAGGCGUAAGCACCAAUUACAGCACAUUAUUAAACUCCCACCUCAAGCUGAACAUAUUUUAUUUUGUUCAUUAACUCCAGUUCAAUAUGAUGUCUAUUGUUCGUGUUUACAAUUAAUGAAUUAUUCGGAGUGCCUCAGUAAAGGCUCCGGAAUUGGUAAAUGUUUUGCCUUAUUGAAUAUUCUUCGUGAAGCAUGUAAUCACCCAGAAUUACUAAAGUAUAUUCGUUCAGAUAGUUUAAAACCACUUCAAAGAAAUACAUCUGACUUUUCAGAUGAGGAUGAAGAUGAAAAUGAGUACUCAAGUGAGUUAUACUUUAAAAAAAUCCAAAUUUCCAAUGUGAACCCAUCUCAUAGUGGUAAAUAUAAGACCCUACUCUCAAUUUUAAAACUAUGGAGAGAAAAGAAAAAAAAUAGGGUUUUAAUAUUUACUCAGGGUGUUAGAAUACUUAAUUUAUUAGUAAAAAUGCUACAAAGAGACUUAAAUUUGAUAUUAGACAAGGAUAUACUUACUUUGGAUGGGUCUACACCCGUUGUUAGUAGAUUUUCAUUAGUAGAAAGGUUCAACAAUGACUCUUCAAUUUUUUUGUUUAUUUUAACUUCUCGAGUUGGAGGUGUGGGACUUAAUAUUAUGGGUGCAAAUAGAAUAAUAUUAUAUGACCCUUGGUGGAAUCCAAUGACAGAUGCACAAGCUAAAGAAAGAUGCUGGAGAAUAGGUCAGGAUAAAGAGGUAAUUGUAUACAGACUAAUAACUAAAGAUACAGUAGAAGAAAAAAUAUAUCAGAGACAGUUAUUUAAGCAAUUUAUUGCAAAUCAAAUUUUACAAGAUGCAAAAUAUAAAAGGUCGUUUCAAUGGAGUGAUAUAAGUGAACUCCUGAAGGUACCAGAAGCUCCCAAGGGUUAUAAAGAAUUUUCAAACUCUAUUGAAUAUAGAACAUCUAAGUCAAAGAUUAUUGAUGGAUAUAUGAGGCAAAUUAAGUUUAUUUGGGGUAGAUGUUCAAUUAGUAAAAGAGAUGGUAUAAUAAGUUCUAGUUAUAGCAAUGUAACAAGAAAAAGAAAAAGCAAUUUCGAUAAUAAUAUAGAUCUUGAAUCAGAAAAUAAUUUAUUUGGAGAGGUUACAGCAGAUGCAAAGUGUGAACAUCAGGCAAUAAUGCAUAUAUUGGGAGAUCAAGUUGAAGUCUCACAAGUAAAUACAAACUAUGAGGAAAUUGAUAAUCCAAUAAACCAAGAAACAAGUAAAAUAGUUCAAAAUGCAAUGGAAAUAUUACAAAAGUCCUCUAUAGAAUGUGGAAGUUAUAGUUUUGAUGUUCCAACAUGGACAGGAAAAUCAGGAAAGGCAGGAGCUCCUAGUUCAAGUAUAUUGAAAGGUUUAAAACAGCAAGAUUCAACACCUGAAAUUCUGUCUGAUGAACGUUUAAUUAGAAAAAAACUAACUGAGUACUUUCUUCAGCGUCAAAGACUUGGAAUGAAAACAACUACUGAAAAUGUUCUAGAUGCAUUUGGUUCAAUAAUUUCUGAAAAUGUGCAAUAUAAAUUCAAAAAUAUUCUUAGAAGUAUUUGUCACUGUCAGAAAUCUAGAAACCCUUUAAAAGAACCAAGCAUAUGGAUUCUUAAGAGAUAA